AUGGAUAAGGAUAACAUACUGACAGCCUGGAAGGCCUAUAGACGAAAAGGCCAUCGAGCUUGGGAAUGGACUAGGUUCCGGAUAGAACCAAUAUUACAAGACUUUAUUAAAUAUGUCCAGAACGCGGAGAACUGGGAAACCUACGGGAGCAACUGCAACAGCCAUUUUUAUUACCACAGUGGAACAGGGUAUGAGCACCACGUUAAGUGGCCCGGUACCAAGGUUAUGUGCAAAGUUAUGUCAACAGCACUAUUCUUCCUCACUGACCCCACUGGGUUAAGGAGGUUUAUGAAAGGGAGACAUGAGGCAGUACAAAGGUUACAAGAAUUUAUAGGGUGCACAAUUGUAAAUGUGUUUAUGCAUAUACUGGAGGAGACAGUAUGUGAGGGACACUGGGGGCUAGAGUACGCCUGGUACGUCAUGAGGGACCAGAUGAAGGGAAUAGAGGGGAACAUUGUGGCCGAAGGGAGAUGUGUCAAAGGGUUCAUAGACGAAGUUAACCUUGGGCAUUGGAGUAUGAAGGAAAAAAUUAAGGAGUGGAUACAGAAGAACACGCAGUUAAGGGAAUGGGUGAGGAAUACAGAAAUUAAAAGGAUGUGCCAAACUGCCCAAGAAAAAAGUAAAGAGGCGAAGAGAACAGGGAAGGGAGAGGGUACAUGGCGAGUGGGGGGGGCAAGUAGUGAAACAUAUGGAGAAACGGAAGUAAGGGAAAAACUGGAGACAGGAAUAAAAGACGUCAUAGGUAGCGGAAUGCACGAGAUAAUGAAAAAGGUGGGUGAACAGUUGGAAGGAGGAGGCAAACCACCGCAGACUGGACAACCGGGUACAGCAGCAGAGAAGCCAGGAUCGGGGAUACAGGUAGCUGAGAACCCAACUGCGCCACCGCAGACACCAGGAGCAGCACAACAGGACAGCAAGAAGGACACAAGAAGUGCUGAGGACAACACGCAUGGACGCAACGCAGCCAGGAAGGAAGAUACAGACGACACACGACCCGUACCACCACCCCCACCGGCGGCACCCCCAUCAACACAAGGAGCCGGAUCAGCCGAAGGAUCAGGGGGCCCAGGACCUGGACAAAAACCAGAACCUUCACCACCACAACAGGAAGGAUCAACGAAUGCAGGUAAGAAGUCUAAGACCACAUGUGAGAUAGUUGUGAAGAAGGAACGAAACCAGAGUGUAGACAACGACGGUAAUCAGGCAACUGUGGAAAUUUCUUUCUCAACAACACCCUCCACAAAUGAAUGCAUGGACCCGGACAAUCCAACGGAAGUUCCAGGUAAUGACCCUGCGCCUACUCAUGUGACAACGAGUGGUCCAGGGGAACCAGCAGACCAAUCCCCAGCACCAGCACCAGAUCAACAGGAUUCCAAGGGCCCUAGUAAUGCGCACAUUCCAACGAACGGGCCAGCAGGUUCUUCAGCGGAAACUGAUCAAGCGGGUGCACCAGGUAAAGCUGGUGGAUCCGGUGACAACGGUGACCCGAGCAAAGCCGGGGACAACGGCAACCAGGGCGAACCCGGUGCACCUGGUGCAAAAGGUGCAAGCGGUGAAGCCGGUAAAGCGGUGGACGAUGUUGUCGUCGACGGCGGCAAUGAUGACCCCCCUCCUCUCAAUCCACCCAAACCAAAACCCAACCCGAACCCAAAUCAAUCGGGUGCAAGCGGUAGCGGCAGCACCGGUCAGCCGGACGCAAGUGGUUCCUCUGGUACAGGUUCUACUGGGGCCAAAAACCCCGGAUCAUCUGGUCCAGCUUAUGCGGGGCCAGCAGCAACUGGGACUCAGGGCACCGGUUCUCCUCCUUCCGGUGGUCCACGUCAAGGAGUUAAUGACCAACCUCAACCUCCCCUUCCUUCCCCGAAACCCUUCGACCCCAAGGAUCUCAUCCCCUAUACCCCUGCGAUCAUUCCCGCAGUGGUUGGUAUUGGCAUCAUUUCCUUUUUCCUCUGGAACUAUUUUGCGUACCUUGCCAAACGACGACGAACAUAUCGAACCGUUCGCGACGUCCCGUCACCGCCCCUCGACGAAGAAAUAUUGGAGCAUCUACAACGCGGCGAACUACCGCCACCCGAUUACGGGUACACGAUUGUUAGGGAUAGGCGGCCUGCAUCUUCUACCGCACAACGACGACGUCAACCACGCGUGCAUAAACGCACGAUCAUCGAGCUACAUUUAGAAGUGCUCAACGAAUGUGAAGUGGCCGCGUGGGAAAACGUCCAAGACGAGUAUUUGCAGAUUGUCGUGGAGGAGUUUGCACAGGAGUUGAUGCGGGACGCAAAGGGGUAUAGUAGUUCCUUGGAUGCUCCUAUCACAAACCAGGAUUUAUCAGGAAACAAUGUUUCCUCCACUGACUGCGACGGAACGGAUGCAUGGAGUUGUAUGGAAACGAUAGAGUUCGCAACGGACCGUUCUCCACCUAACGAAGAUAACCCAUGGAGUUGUAUGGAAACCAUACAGUUAGCACCGGCACACAGUCGUUCCCAACCAGCGGCGACACGUGACAUGCGUGCCCCCGACUACAUCCACUUCAUUAACUGGAUUGACAGCAACAAGCAUCUAUUGCGGAAGUGCACGACGCAACCGUGGUUUCACACCCUCAAAUUGGAAUGGAAACAAUAUUAUCAACAGCAUGCGCAAAACGGCGUAUCCGGGCACAGUGUACUCGGUGAAGCGGCAACCCUGCACAUGCAGAAACUGGACUUGUGGAAAGAAUGGGUUGCCCAGCAACAUCGGCACAUGCGUAUGUAUGGCAAGGAGCAGCAGUGGUUUCAACAUUUGUUGAAUAAUGUAGAGGAGGACACAGUGCCGCAAAAAGGCGACGUAUCAGUAGUCGAACAAGACUUAGACGUGGAAAAAGCAAUGGCCGCAGAAGAUAUACUGAGAGUGCGACAUGUACCACGGUCCCAACUGCAUAAGCAACCUUACAUGAAAAAACGCUUAACCGCUCAAACAUGGAUACUGAUCCUGGCAUUAGUCAUAGAACAGUGCGAGGUCGAAUGUCGUUUGCAGGAGACGGAGUUAUAUGUGGAUGACCUAUUGGCACAGCUCUGA